AUCACUCUUGAUGACGGCUAACAAAACAGUUUUAAAACCUGAACAGCAAAAAUGGAAUAUUUGUAUUAACAUGUCAUUGGGAACAUCUAACAUGCUGUUACUAAUCAAUGUCAUUCUCAUCUUCUGGGUUUCCUGUGCUCACGGACAAGGAAGAACUUGUGAUUUUCCAGAAAUAAAACAUGGAAACAUAUAUGAUGAAAACAGAUAUAAACAAAGCUUCCCAGUUGCUGUGGGAAAAUAUUUCUACUAUUCCUGUCAUUAUAGCUUUGUGUCUCGUUCACAAUCACUCUGGACUGCAAUAAUGUGUACAGAGGAAGGAUGGUCACCAGCACCAAAGUGUCUCAGACAGUGCUUUUUCCCUUGGGUGGAAAAUGGUCAUUCUGCAUCUUCAGGACAAACACACCGGGAAGGUGACACUGUACAAAUUGUCUGUGAUAAGGGCUACAGCCUCCCAAAUAACCAGAGCAACAUUACAUGUAUAGAAAGUGGCUGGUCCAUCCAUCCUAAAUGCAGUCCUAUCCUCUCUAAAGGAACAUGUGGUCCCCCUCCACCGAUUGACAAUGGAGACAUUACCACAUUCCCAUUACCAGCAUAUCCUCCAGGAUCAACAGUUGAGUAUCAAUGCCAGUUCCUCCACCAACUUCAGGGAAACAGGAUUAUAACAUGUAGGAAUGGAGAGUGGUCAAAGCCACCAAAAUGCUUAGAUGCAUGUGUAAUAUCAGAAGAAAAGAUGGAAAAACAUAACAUAGAACUACGAUGGAGGGAUGAGAAAAAAGUUUAUUCUAGAACAGGGGAUGUUGUUGAAUUUGUUUGUAAACCUGGAUAUCGUAGAAAGAGAGACUCCACAGAAUUUCGAGCAACCUGUCAGGAAGGAAAACUGGAGUAUCCCACCUGUGAAAGACAGAGAUUUAACACGCGUUCAUAAAAUCCUCAUGUGUGCAUUUAUUCAGAAUUUGUCAUUAUUAAUCCAAUUCUUCUCAAGUCAUUCCUUCAAGUAUUGUUUAACUCAUUUUGACUCAAACAUCAGAAUUUGUGUUAAAUAUUACGUAGACAAUGUUAGACACCAAUGAAUCACUUCUAAAAGGACCUCAUUAAAACUUGGCUAACCAAAA